AUGACUACUCUCUCUCUCUCUCUCUCUCUCUCUCUCUCUCUCUCUCUCUCUCUCUCUCUCUUAUUAGAAAAUAUUGGGCACGUUGUAAUGAAUAAGCGCCUUCAAAUGAAGCUAAUCUUGUAUCUACUAAUGAUAGACCUAAUAAUAAUGAUAACAAUAAACGAAAGUGUCGUCGUAACAAUGCUAGUUACAAUUCUAAAAGAAUCAAAAUUUAAACAUUAGGUAUAAUAUUAUUGUAGCCAUCAACAACUUAAAUGUUAUUUAGAAACUAGACAAGAGUAUUUAUCAUGAAAAUAUACAAACAAGCAAUUUUAUGCAUAUUAAAAAAAAAAA